AUGCCAGAGCUGCGGCCUACCAUCCCCUCGACAGAUGAUAGGGUUCUGGACAGCGUCGAGUCUCCUCCAAGUGAUGCAGCAAUGCCAUCUGUGCUCAAGCUCAACUACCAGGGGGUGCCACCAGCCGGAGGAACGGCUAAGCCAGCGAGUGCUCAUAUCAGUGCUCAAAGCAAUGUUGACAACAUCGAUAUUACACAUCUUGAGACAGGGCCAUCAGUCUCGAAUGGCCUGAAUGAUGUUCUAUCCGACCACCCAUCCCGUCUCUUUGACCACUAUCGCUUCUUGCCGAUUUCUACAGCAGAUGCCGCAUCUUACGACUUAUCGCAGCUGGGCGACUUGCUAGCGCAAACUCAUGACAACGAAUUAGAGAUAAAUCAUGAUGUCGAGUGGAAUCUUUCCGGGAUUGACGAGUUACUCGACUCGGCGGAGGCUGUGCUGGCGGAAGACCCCGGAGACAUGGAUUGGCAGAUACCUCUGUUGGAGUCAUACGCCGAACCCUCUCCAGUCUCAUUAGGAGAUUUUGCCGCAUCUUCCCAUCUGAUCGAUAAUGAUAGCACUCAACAAAUAUAUCAACAGCCUCAAUCUCCAAGUGGUACUCCGGAAAUGAUACGGCACCUUUUCGAGCAGCAGACAUGCGCUAUUCUCUCAAUCAAGGAUGACGAAACUAAGAAUCCAUGGCGAACUCUGGUCUGGCCAUUGGCGUCUGGCUGCCCUGCACUCUAUCACGCACUGGCUGCAAUGACUUGCCUACACAUGUGCAAGACUCAGUCGCACCUACGUCUUCUUGGGCUGCGGCAUUUUCAGUCUGGCGAGCGAGCUCUCAUCAAUGACGAGAACGGCAACAUGCUGCUAGAAGCUGCCAUUGCCGCAAGGCUGGCCCUUGGCUUCGCUGAAACAUGGGACCAUCAGAAGUCAUCGACCGGGAUUGACCACAUCAACCGUGCCAAGGUAUUGAUUCGGCAAGCUGCUUCUAGACACCAGACGUCAAGGCUGACUGCCGGGAAUGUGAGCCGCCUGAGCUUUUUGGCGAACACAUGCCUGUACAUGGAUGUUAUUGCUCGCUCAGUCUGUAUGGAACCUCAAAGCUUCAACGACGCUGAAUUCAUGACCGCCUGCAAUUCACUCAGCAGCUCCAUCCCCAGGGGAGAGCAACUUGAUCCGCUCAUGGGCUGCGCGAUCACGCUUUUCCCGUUGAUCGGCCGCCUCGGGGAACUUGUCGGUCGCGUUCGAAGGAGAACAGAGAACCGCAAUUCUCUGGCCACUAUCUCCAAAGCGACAGAACUAAGAGUGGCGAUAGAAAAUUGGGUCCCAUCGAUAGAUUGGGAGAGCGGAGGCGGGUUCAACUCCAAUAUUACCGACUCGAUCCAGACAGCUGAAGCGUAUCGAUGGGCUUCACUACUACUUCUCCGUCAAGCAGUUCCUGAGCUUCCCUGGGCGCACUCUAUCUGGGAAUUGGCAUCGAAGAGUCUCGUCUUCCUCGCGACCAUUCCUCUGACCUCGCGUACGACCAUUGUGCACAUUUUCCCACUAGUUAUAGCAGGAUGUGAAGCGUUCGACGCAGAUGACAGGGAUUGGGUCCGCGAGCGCUGGGACCUCAUGUCCAAACGUAUGAUCACAGGGAUAGUAGACCGAUGCAGAGAGAUCACAAUGGAGGUGUGGCGGAGGAGGGAUGAAUAUGAAGCGCGUCAUGGGAUUGUCUAUCGAAAGUCUCUGCAAAGCCCUGCGUCAACAGCCGCAGGUCUUGCCAGGGACCGUUCUCUGGUUUCCGAGGAAGGCAUUUCCUCAAGGUCUGUCAUUGAAAUCACGACUCGAUUCGACGCGGAAGCACGCUCUCCAUCGGCAUCGUCAGAAUCUCCAGAGUCGGCUGCAUUUAAGAAGGGCAUAGAUCCAGUGACCAGGGCGGGAUUCAUAGAUUACACGGUGAGAGGAGACUUGCAUUGGUUAACCGUCAUGAAAGACUGGAAUUGGGAGGUCAUGCUAGGAUGA